CCCUCUCUCUCUAUAAAUACCCCAAUAUCUUGACCAUCAAUACACCACCUUCAUCAAGUCCAACCAUAUAUUGCAUUUGCACAUACAUACACAAGAUGGGAGAUAGCAGCUUCAACUUGCCGCCCGGGUUUCGGUUCUACCCAACCGACGAAGAACUCUUGGUCCAUUUCCUCCACCGUAAGGCGACGCUUCUGCCUUACCACCCAGACGUCAUCCCAGAUCUUGAUCUUUACCCCUAUGAUCCUUGGGACUUGGAUGGUAAAGCAAUGUCGGAAGGAAAAAAGUGGUAUUUUUACAGCAGGAGAACAUCAAAUAGGGUUACUGAGAGUGGAUAUUGGCAAUCAAUGAGAGUUGAAGAUGCUAUUUACUCGAGUGGUGGCAAAAAAAUUGGUGUAAAAAAAUACUAUACUUUUUACAUUGGUGAGCCUUCGGAGGGAGUCAAGACUAAUUGGAUCAUGCAUGAAUACAAGGUUUCAAGCUCAAGAAAAAAGACUUCAAAUUCCAUGAUUGAUCAUAGUAAAUGGGUUGUUUGUCGUGUGUACGAGGAGGAGGAAGAUGGUGGUGGGACUGAGCUCUCAUGUUUGGAUGAAGUUUUCCUCUCACUAGAUGAUCUUGAUGAAAUUAGCUUCCCCAAUUCUUGAAAUACUAGAAUACAAAAAAAAAAUGAAAAUAUUAUAGGUAGCUUUUGUUAUUGUAGAAAAUCACAAAAUGUAUUGGGGUUUAUUAGAAAUGUGGGAGUUGAAUUAAUGUUUGAUCAAUGUAUUAAUUAGAAGAUGGGAAUUUGUGUAUUUGGAUAAAACUAAUGCCAACAAGGUGGCUUAGAAUGUUGAUGUGGCAGCCUUGAUAUCAUGCCAUGUGGAAUAGAAUCUUGAUAUCCAUGGAUUAUUCAGAAAUUUUGAAAAUGUAUAUUUACAUUUAAAGAGUUGGAAGGAAUUCUAUUUGAAA